AGAAAGAAAUAACAAGGAAGCACAUGUGUACUUUAAGUAGCAUACAAUUCAUGUGAUAUGGUUUUUUUGUUUGAAUUAAAAGUUAUUUAAUUAUUAAAUUUAGUUUUUAAAGGUAGUAUGAUUAUAUAUAUAAAUGACUUGUGGCUACAGUUUCAACGUUAGCUCAAGGCAUAAUUCCCGCGCGUUGCAGUUGAGUCAGAAUAGGUUCGCCAUAAUGGCUGCUGUGAACGGAAAACGUUCUACAGCUAGAUUGCUUGUAAAUGUUUUUUUAUCGUGACAGUGUUGUGAAAAAGUUAUCAUGGAAAACGAAUAAAUUAUAUUUGUGCGGGUUCUGACAUGAUUGAUAACACUUGUCGCCCUUCAAUGGGCCUAAUUUUAUAGUGUUAAAUGUGAAACGUAUAUGUCAACAAAAUGAGCAAGCCCUCGUUCAGGGCUAGGCCCCUUGAGGCCUCCAAGCCCAUGCCCAUUUUUAUGUCGGAAGAACUUCCAGACCUACCAGAAUAUUCAGCAAUUAAUCGGGCAGUACCCCAAAUGCCAAGUGGAAUGAAAAAGGAGGAAGAAUGCGAACAUCAUCUGCAACGUGCAAUUGUGACCGGGCUCAUCAUUCCAACUCCGGAGGUGAUCCAGGUUGGGGACAUGGCUGCGUACAACCGCCUCUAUGCACCCAAUUUCAAAGUGCCGAAACAACUUAUUCACAUGCAACCUUUCACGAUGGAGCAGGAUAUCCCAGACUAUGACAUGGACUCUGAGGACGAACGGUGGCUUGAUGUCCAUUCUAAGACUAUGGACAUAAAUGCUCUAAAGUUCGAAGAAAUGAUGGACCGAUUGGAGAAGAACAGUGGCCAUUCGGUAGUCACGCAGAUGGAAGCCAAGGUUCUGCUCAAAGAGGACGAUGACUUGAUAAUUGCUGUGUACGACUACUGGCUGAAUAAACGACUGAAAACUCAACAGUCCCUGAUACCUUGCGUGAAAACGGAGGCACAUCGAGGAGGUAACAGCAAUAACAAUCCUUACCUUGCAUUUCGGCGGCGCACAGAGAAAAUGCAGACAAGGAAAAAUAGGAAGAAUGAUGAGUCCACCUACGAGAAGAUGGUCAAGUUAAAAAGAAAUCUCAGCAGAGCAGUCACCCUUCUUGAGUUGGUGAAACGAAGAGAAAACUCAAAACGGGAACUGCUACACCUUACUGUUGAGAUAUUUGAGAAAAGGUUCCAAGCACAAGACUUUAGUGGCCAACUGCUGGCAGAAGUGUCAGCUAUGAAAGCUUCCAGACCCGCCUUUGCCCCUCUCUUCACCAACCAGUUCAAUCAUGGGACGUCAUGGUCCAAACCUGUCAAGGAUGAGUAUCUGCCAAGGAAAGAGAAGAGACAGUACAAAAAGAGGAAGCACAAAAACAUUACCACCAGCCUACUGCUCAAUGACAUUGCUGGAGUCAUAUCUUCCGGAGAUGAUGACAGCCAUAAUGUCUCCCCCACCUCCCCAACCCAGGAUGAAGCUCCUUUCGCUUUCCGGCGGAAACGGCAGUGUGUUUAUCAUGCUCCUGUCAACACCGGCUUAGGCAACUGGCCGUGGUGUAGCAGAGACGAGGGUGGUCUGGCCGACCAGAGGUUCAGGUUUAACUUGGCAUCGGUUGCUACUCCUGUAUCCCGCUGCGUUGGUCUGGCGAGGAGGAGAGUCGGCAGAGGUGGCAGAGUCAUCCUUGAUCGGGCUGGACCCCCAAUGGAUGAUUUCUGGUCAUCUCUAGACUUUACAAUCCAAGACAACAGCAAGCCCAAACCUGCCGUAAAUGCUGUUGACAGCAAACUUCCUACAGAAGUUGGAGAAAAGCUUGCCUUAGAUGAAAAAUCCUCCCUGCAAGAUCCUUUUGAAGACUGGCCUCAUUUCCGUCCGAAGUCACCACUGAAACCAGACGUAGAGGAGGAGGAAGUGGUUGACCUCCUUGGUGGCACUUCACUCUCACUUGUGGUAGAAGACCUAAAUGAGAAUACAAGUGAACUCACCCCGGUGAACCUGAAUAUAAGUGAGCUGUUUCCAACCCUGGCAUGGGAGGGGGAGGAACUAGCUAGGCGAGAUGACACAGACACCUUGGCUGCUGUUACCAGUGAUGCUGAGUCGUCAGAGGAUAAUGAAUUGAAUACGAAGUAUAACCUAGAAACAGAAUUGCGUAAAUGGAAGAACUUGAGGAUGGAAUACAGAGGAGGAGGAUCCUUACUAGAUCGAUGGGCAAGAUUUGAAAGCCCUCCCCCAGAACCACCUGUAAAAAAGCCUAAACCAUUAACUCCUGAGCCCACCUUUAAUUUAGAUGAUUUUACAGGCUGCUCAGCUUUUCGAACCAGUAACUGUUGGUCAGAAUCUAAAUUAUUGCGGACUCUUUCUGAUUCAAGUGAAGUUUUACCUAGUGGUGUUUCUGUUGAAGAACCUUUAGAAGUCGCAAAUGUUAUCACAAAUGAAAUCAGCAAUCUACCUCCAACACCACCUAAGGAAACAAAGACUCCUCCUCCUCCUCAGACGCACCGGAUAAAUAACCUAAGUGCACAGUCCAAUGGCCCAGUCAGCAUUGAAGUGGCAAACAGUCGUCUUCUGUCCAAGCAUAUAGGUUCCAAUGCCUCUUAUCGCAAGAAAAACAACCACUUACACAGUCAUGGGCUGAACAAUAAACUAAUCAUGAGACUUCCAGAAAAUACGGGUGAUAUUUUGGAGACAACUGUGGUGAGCUCCCAAGUGAUCUCGGACAAAAAUACAAAUGAGGCUCUUAUGAGGAAAGCUACGCAGGUGCCUAUGGAAGUUACUUGAUGAAGGGGGUGAACUGCUUAAUGUGAGGUCUACACAAAACCUCUUACACAAACUUAUCUGGCUGUGCUGCGUUAUUAUCAUCUCACAAAGGGCUCAGGGCUCGAGUCUCACCAUUCUCUGGGUUUUACUUCAGUUUUUGUGCGUAUCCUAUUUAUUUAUAUCUUGUUGGAGCUAAAUUCUAAUCCUACAGUCAGUAGGCUAUCAUUGUCCUGUAAUACUAUUUUAAAUUAUUCACACAAUUGUUUCUAGUAAGUAUGUUUAUUAUUUUAGAUCAAUCAACCAAAUGUAAUUAUUAAUUUUUUAUGCCUUUUAUAAAUCUGCCAGUGUCAUUUGCAAUCAUUUUCCCCCAAAGAAAGCAAUCUGUUAGUGCAGUAGUAAUAUCACCCCAUGAAGAGUUUUAAGACUUUAGAUGCUCAAACAAUGGCAAAUUACUGAUAUCUGUAGGGUUAUCGUUUACCCUAUUUGUUACAAUGAUAUAAUUAAAAUUUUAACUAAAUGUACUUUCAAACAUUUUCGUCAAAUGUAAAUUUUACAACUUGAAACACCAUUUUUAUCUAUUAAUUUUUGGCUGUUAAAGUUUCUGACUCAUCGAAUUAAUUUUGUUUUCUAUGGACCAUGCAACAAUUUACUAUUAGAAGUUAAUUCAUUUCUUUAAUAAUUUUUGUUCUCACAAACAAGUGAUCUGAUAUUGAACGGUAUUUUGAUGGUAUUUAAGUAAAUAAACAAAACAUCUCUGUCUUACACUGGGUUUCCAAGAACAAAAUGUGAUACUAAUGGUAUAAUUACCAAAAUAAACCUACAUUUUAACAUUAAUAAUAUAAAAUUUAUAUUAUAUAUAUUUAUUUAAUACCAUAUUUGAACUAAAACACUAAAAGCUGUUGAUGUAGCUCAAUCGUCCUAGAUGGUAUUUGUAUGUUCAAAGUACAUUACAGAUGAACCUCAGACACAGAUUUUUUAGGAACCAUGAGGAUUUGUUGUAUAAUUCUACCACAAAUGUACAAAUACGGUUCCCCUAUAAAUAUUUUUAUUUCUUGGGCAUAACAUGGAAUAAAAUAAAAUAUGGCAUACCAAAAUAAAUGUAUAAUAUGCAAGAUUAUGUCUAAAAAUCAUGUUGGAUGUAUAUUUUAUAUUUAUACAAUUUUCGAUUUCUACACACCAAACUAAUAUUACUGUAAAAUCUUAAGGGGUAUUGUAAAAUGGUGUUAAGAAGUGUUUGGAGAGAUUAAGAAAAUAAAUGUUGCAGUCUUUGCUCCUUGCCACAAUCACUCUUUGAAUUCUGAAUAGCUUGAAACACACUUUUCACACUUUUAUAUUGUUAAGACCUUAAAUGUAAUUUAAAUUAGAUAUGAUUUUAAUCCAGAUAUGUGUAAAUCUGUUACAGAUUUUUAUUUUCCUUUGAUUAAUAACCGUUUAGGGGAAGAUUACAAAUUGAUUAUUAAUUUAAUAUAUGAUAUGUGUUUUGUAAUUUUUGUUGAAUCAUUAAAGUUUCAACUUUUCACUAAAAUUUGUAACUAAACUCCUACUCAUAAUAUGCCAUAUAUACACAGCAUCAAGAGUAGUCAUAUAAACAGCACCAAGCAGAUGUUUAGGUAAUAAGGCAAUUUUGUGUAUUGUCUAUUUUUGGGUACUAGUAUACGGAAUAUUUUGGUUUCAAAAUUACCAUUCAACCAAAGAGCAAAAAUCUUAACAGUUAAAAUUGGUUUUUGGAACAGCCGGAAGAAUUUUUGUCACACUGUUAAACAUAUGAAGUCGUGUAUGGUAUUGUUUCUGUUCAUUCAUAUUUCUUCAUGUUUUGUUUUCUUAUUAAGAAAUUGAUAUAAACCUGUCUCACUUAUCGAGUACCUUAUGAAUUAUGUUCUAAACAUUUUAAACUAUUUUUUAAGUUAUAAAAAUUCAGCUAAAACAAUAUAUGUAUUAUACUUCAAAGGUUCAUUGAAAUAAGUACUUAUUAUUAUAGGUCUUAUAAGGGUUGAUUGUUUAGUGGUGUAUUACAGUUUCAGUUUUAAAAUAGCUAAAAAAAGAGUGGUGUUAAAUUUUGCAUAAAAAUGAUAGUCAGUAGUCAAACCACUUAAUUCCAUAAUAUGCACAAGGUGCAAAGAAUAGUGUCGUUACAAUCAAACUAAAUAAUAAUAUUAAUUUUUAAAUAUAAAUAAAAAAUGGUAACAUUAGUUCAUUCAAAUGAUAAAACUUACAUCUUGACAAUUUAUCUUCAAUUCUUCUUAAAUGAAUUAAUCGGUUUUUGUAUUGAAAUAUUGCACAAAAGAAUAUAGAGAAAAAUUAGUUAAAUAAUCCUUUACUUCUUUUUUACAUUUUAACAGAUUUGUUUCCAUUAUAAAUUUUGUUGGUAUAUUAUGUAAAUAUCUUACACCUGUAUAAUAUGUUUUCUUUCUGUAAAAUUCGAGAUUGUGUUGAUCGAUAUGUCUAUUAAAAUGAGUAUUUUAUAUAUAUAUAUAUAUAUAUAUAUAUAUACAUGUUUAGUAGUUCUUAGUAUAGGAUCAAAAUAUUGUUUUACAUAAAUUAUUGAUUCAAAUACGUGUAAACCAUAUACUGUCAGAAUUCCAAGUUCAGAAAAAAUAUGUUUAACAGAAUCUGUAUAUCUUAAAUGUUUCAUGACUCUCAAAGAUGUUUUUGUAGGACCAGUAGCCUAUCUAAAUUGCUUAUCGUUUUUGCUCCAUAAAUGCUUAUUCUGUAAGCUAAAUGUGAGUGGAUCAAUGAGAAAUAUAUUAAUUUCAGUGUAUUUAAAUUACUAAUUUUUGCCAUUUGUCACAAUGCAUAUAGUAGACAUCUUAUUAGUAACAUGAUCUACAUGUUUAUCCCAAGCUAAAUUUUUAUCAAUUAUCAUAUAUUGAUUAAAUUGUAAAUGUUGUAUACCAGUUCCACGAAAAGCUUAGAAAUGGCUGAACAUUUGGUACCAGUAGAAACAAUACAAUAGCAAUUCGAUAGAUUGUUAUUCCGAUUCGUUUGUGCAUAUUUGCAUUGGUUUCAUUUACAAUUUAAACUUAGGAAACUAAAUUCUUCAUUAGUGCAAAAGAGUGUUGGCAAUUAAAAACUGUUUAUUUCAAAACAAAUGCCGUUUUAAUAUUUUGGUUAAAUACAAUUUCUUUAUGCAGUACGAAAAAAAAUUAAAAUACGAACAAAAUAUUCUAAAUUGGUGUAAUUGUAAUAAAUACCCUCAAUAAGUACUGUCAGGAAAGACAGAAAUGUGACAAUAAAUACAGGGAUUUGAGUUUAAUGGGGGUUAAUAAUUUUGUGUUUACAAAAUAAAAGCCUAAUUAAUUAAAAUUAUUUGUAACAAAGUCAUAAUAAUGAGUUCAUUGAGGAAAUAAGUUCACUGAAGUCAUAUCCCAUUCAAUCGUUCUCUUGUCUCCCAGAAUAAAUGUUCUCUAUCUUGGAGUUAUAAUAAAAUAAAGAAUACCAUGGUUUUAUUAGCACUGUGCGUUGUGUUGGUGGCCAUGCUUUAUAUUAUGUCAUGCCAUAUGUUUUGAAUAUGUCUUGUCGAGGCUUCAUUUCAUACCUUUCUCUUUGUUACCAAGACUCGGUACGAUACUGCAGUCAGUCCUAACCAGUUAUAUCAUAACCGUGUAUCUGUGUUAUAAAUAUUUAACAUAUUUGAACAUUUUUGCUGAACUAUAUAAUAGGCCAUUAUAAAUUGUUGUUAUAUAUACAUCACUAGCUUUAUUUAAAGUUGUUAUUUGUUGUGCAUUAUUAGUGAUAUCCUUAUAUUGUUUAUCAAUAUUUAUAACUAUUUUACUUAUUUUUAUUUUACUUUAUAUUUAAAUCAAAUUGUUUUAAUACUUAUUUUAAUACCAGCACUUGUACUUCUAUUAAGCCUCAACUUUGUAUAUAUUAAUAUAACAUUUCUGUUGAUUUUAAAUUUUUAUUGAAAUUUCAGAUUUAUAUGUGUGUAGAUAAAUACACGUUUAAAGAUAUGACUGAUGAUUCCUGACAAAUAACAACAAGUGUGCCACAAAAGUACAUUAUUAACGCUAAUUUCACUGGCAGAUUUAUUUUAGAAUGUAUUGUUUUUCUUAUUGCCUCUAUGUUUAUUGCAUAAUUACAGUUAGGAAGCAUUAUCAAAGUGACUAGAAUACAAGAUUGGAGUCACAUUUAUGCUGAUUAUGUGAUUUGUAAACAGUAUAUUAUGGAUAAUCCUGUGGCUCACAUGACGCGACGUAUUCUAGUGACCUUGUCCGAAAUGUUAAAACAAUAAUUUAUGUUUGCAUGGUGUGAUUUUUUUCUUAAUAUUUAUUUUAAUAACCGGUUCAAAUUAAAUUAUUUACUAGUAAAAUUAUUUAUAUCGAAAUUAUACUACCUGUUCCUAAUUAUUUUCUUCUCAGAGAUUUAUAUUUAUACUUUUUGUUGUUGAUUAAUUAAUAAUAAUUUAUUUUUCUACCAUUUGAAAAUUACAUGACCUUUCGGGUAAAGGCAUAAAAUACUACAUCUUAUUAGUUACUUGCCUAAUUGUUGUGUUAUUUCUUUGUUUGCAUAGCUCAUGACAUCAUGAUUCUGUGUACAUUUGUAAGUUAAUUACUAUCUUUGAAAAUUAACGUUUUGUUGAAUUACCUAUGAUUAUAUGUGAUCAUAGAAGAAAAUAAUUGAAUUAGUAAAAUUGUAUAUUAUUUAUUUUCCAUAUCUGUAAAUAAUUUUACUGUACAUAUAUGUAGAUAAAUUACAGAUUUAUAGUGUAAUAUAUUAUUGAAAUUUGACUUUUCGUUGUAGGCAUAAGAAAAUGUGUUGAGUUCUCAUACACCAAAAAUGUUUAGGUAAUUUCUCAAAAGUCAUUUAAAUGUGUUUUUCUGUUGCUGAUUUUGAUUACUUAAAACUGUUGUAAACCAUAUAUUGUAUAGUUUUAAAGUAAUAAAAUCAUCAUUUGUAAAUUUA